GCCAAAGCUGUGGUAGGUAUUGAUCUAGGGACAUCCAACUCAGCAGUAGCAGCAAUCAGGGAUGGCCAUGCGCAGAUCAUAGAGGGAAUUGACGGCCCUGUGACACCUUCAUGCGUCGCUCUCCUGCAGGUGAAUGAACUGCAUUCUUCAUUACAGCACAGAGACACGGUUUUGGUGGGCCAAGCCGCGAGGCGGCAAGCCGCUGUGAAUUCCUUGAACACAUACUCAUCAGUGAAGCGUCUACUGGGGCGGCGGUACAGCCAGAUCCAGGAUGAGCUACAGCUUGCCUCAUUUGAAGGCAGGCAAUCAGCCGACGGAGGUGUGGAGCUGUUGUGCCCCUCAAGGCAGACAAUCUUGUCUGCAGAGCAGAUCUCAGCUUUCAUUUUAGAGCGGCUGGUGAAGCAAGCGGAGGAAGGUUUGGAGGAGGAUGUGGAUGGAGCAGUCAUAGCAGUGCCAGCUCACUUUGAUGACAGGCAAAGGAAGGCCACCCUGGAAGCAGGCCGCUUGGCUGGCCUGACGCGGCUGCAGGUGCUCCAUGAGCCCGUGGCGGCUUCCAUUGCUUAUGGGCACGGCAGAGGGACUGAGGACUCCUUGAUCCUGGUGUUUGAUCUGGGUGGCGGCACAUUUGAUGUCAGCCUGGUGGAGUGCUUCGAGGGGUGCCUGGAAGUGAUUGCCACUGGAGGCGAUGCCAGGCUGGGCGGCAAUGACUGGGACAGCAAGCUCAUGCGAUGGGUUAUGCAGCAAGUCCCUGGUGCAGAGAGCAGGUGUAAGGAUCCUGCAGCGCUGCACCGCCUGCUGGAGGCAGUGGAGUCAGCAAAAAGGAGGCUCUCUUCUGAGCGUUCCACCGAUAUACAUCUGCCAUUCUGGGAGGGCCAGCGCAGCUUAACAGUAGACAUCAGCCGGCAGCAAUUUGAGGAAGCCACCGGCGCCCUGCGCGCUCGGCUGUGGCCUCCCCUUGAGCAGAUCGGUCGCCAGGCAUUUGUGGAGCCACAGGCGCGGCGCAUCACACAGGUGGUCAUGGUGGGUGGCGCUACAGCCAUGCCACAGGUGCAGGAGUUUGUCCAGGCAGUGACUGGCAUCCAACCUCAGGCACUGAUUGCUGUUCAGGUCACUGUUGACCCUGCGCUGUGCGUGGCUUUGGGUGCGGCAAUGUAUGGAGGGGCUCUGGAGGGGACACUC